GUAGACGCCGAGUUUAUAAGUGACAAGGUGACAAUCUGCACAUCCCACAUUCACUGACUGACGCUGUGUGCGAGAGCAGCUAAUCCCGGACCCUCCGAAAGCCGUAACAAACCGCUUCCAGCCAUGUACGCCUGCGCCAAGUUUGUCACUUCUCCUGCUGUGCUGCGUGGGGGGUCCAGAGUCCUCGCCCGGCCAGUCUCAGUCUCCCUCUUCAACAGACCUGAAGCCACAGUGGAGCAGCAGGCCCUGUUGCCAGUCAGCCAGUCUGCAGUCCUGACCCGCUCCUUCCAGACCAGCGCUGUCUCCCGGGACAUCGACACUGCCGCUAAGUUCAUUGGUGCUGGUGCUGCCACAGUGGGUGUUGCCGGCUCAGGAGCUGGAAUCGGAACAGUGUUCGGCAGCCUCAUCAUUGGCUAUGCCAGGAACCCCUCCCUGAAGCAGCAGCUCUUCUCCUAUGCCAUCCUGGGCUUCGCUCUGUCUGAGGCUAUGGGUCUUUUCUGUCUGAUGGUGGCGUUCCUCAUCCUCUUCGCCAUGUAAACCUGGAAACACACGCCCACAGCUCCCUUCACUCACCCGUUUCCUCCCCGGUCUCGUUUCCUUCCUUGCUCCCUUCUUCCUCCCUUCGUUCCAUCCAGAAGGGGGUUUUCCAGAACGGGAACUCUGAAUGAGCUGGUUGGCCGUUCCAAUCAAUGGAGAAAAAUUAAAGGAAAGAUAUUACUAUCUGAGGGUAACAAACCUCCAAUCCUACAUUUUUAUGUUCCUACGCUUAUUUUUGUUUUUCAGAAGUUUUAUGUAAGACCUCACUUCGGUUGAAAUAAUCUGUCCAGAAUAAAAGAUUGGAUAACUAAAAAGA